CCUCUCGCUACCAGAGCUCACGCCGCUACCAACGCUGAGAGCAUGGCCAUCGGCGAUUCGUCAGAACAGGGCACGCGCAAGUGUCUCGGUGCCGACUGCGAGAAAGAGGCCGGUCCUUUGCAGUGCCCUACAUGCCUCAAGGCAGGUGUGCAGGACAGUUACUUUUGCUCACAAGAGUGCUUCAAGAGGAACUGGACUCAGCACAGAAUCAUCCACAAGAAGGCGCAGGCGCAAAAUGGAAUCAUCGACAAGUUCGUCACGCCAAAAGCUGACUCUCAGCCCGACACAGACACAGGGAACUAUAAUCCAUUUCCGACCUUCUCCUUCACCGGGUCUGUUCGGCCGGUCUAUCCACUGUCUCCACGCCGCGCUAUCCCCAAGUCAAUCAAGCAUCCAGACUGGGCCGUGACAGGUAUUCCUAAGGGAGAACAGCGUUUGAACCGCUACAAGAUCGACCUUCUCAAUGCCAAAGGCCAGGAGGCAAUGCGCAAGGUGUGCAGGCUGGCUCGCGAGGUGCUGGAUAUUACCGCUGCAGCAGUCAAGCCAGGUGUCACUACUGACUUUCUCGAUGAAAUCUGCCACAAGGCUUGCAUCGAGCGGGAGUCAUAUCCCUCUCCGCUGAACUACAGUCGAUUCCCCAAGUCACUCUGCACAUCACCAAACGAGGUUGUGUGUCACGGCAUUCCCGAUCAGCGCGCCCUCGUCGAUGGUGACAUCAUCAACCUCGACAUCUCUCUGUACCAUGGAGGCUACCACGCCGAUUUAAACGAAACGUACUACGUAGGCGACAAAGCGAAAGCCAACGCCGAUGCCGUCCGGCUAGUGGAAACGACCCGCGAAUGCCUGGACAUGGCCAUCGCUACUGUCAAACCUGGAACCCCUAUCCGAGACUUCGGUCGUGUCAUCGAGAAGCAUGCGAAGUCAAGGGGUUUGAGCGUGAUGGCUACGUGGGGCGGGCACGGCAUCGGCACGGAAUUUCACCCGCCGCCUUGGAUACCUCAUUACAGCAAGAACAAGGCAGUGGGAAUCUGCAAGCCUGGGAUGACUUUCACGAUUGAGCCUAUCCUCACGCUUGGGAAGCCGAGGGAGGUGUAUUGGCCGGAUGAGUGGACAAACGUGACGGUGGAUGGGAAGUGGACUGCGCAGUUUGAACAAACACUGCUAGUUACGGAGACAGGUGUGGAGAUUUUGACAGCAGGGAACGAGAACUCGCCUGGAGGCCCGAUACCGAUACCAAUACCAACGGAGUGAUGCGGAUGUGGAGAACCUGACAGCUCCUCAGACCUCUGACCUCGCAGUGCAUCAGGAUAUACACACUUGCCCCAGGAGGAAACAGGGAAGGUUUGCAGGCCAGCUCCCAAGGUCAUGGGUGUUAGUAUCGUAGUAGAUCAAGUACCAGA